UCUCAUUUAAACAAACAGCAGCGGAAGAUGGCGGAGACUGAAGCGGAGCUGAGGUAGACAGCAACAGACGAGCAGCAGCAGGAGGAGGAGCAGUAGCAGGAGGAGCAGUAUUGAUGUUUCUCGGGAGAAGCUGAAAGCUGGCGAUGGUCUAUGAGUGAGUUGAUACUCCAAGCCCUGGGCGUAGCGUUUAUCCUGACUGAAGGCUGUAUUCCGAGUCCUCAUCAAGCCCAGAAAGCAUUUGUGAGGAAAGUUCCUGAUAUUCAGAGUCGCAUUACGCAGCUGCUCAGGAUGUGAAGCUGGACGAAGCAGAAGCUCAUCAUUAAAACACUGCUGAACAGGUGCUGAUAUGUUUAGAAGAUGAGCGGUGUGGGGGAAAACUCCAUGGAGCCUCUGUGCCCCGAUCGCAAGCGCAGCCUGUCCACCUGUGACACGCCCGGCCUCGGGUGUGAGAAGCGGCGCCGAGAACAGGAGAGCAAAUACAUCGAGGAGCUAGCGGAGCUGAUCUCGGCUAACCUCAGCGACAUCGACAGCUUCAACGUCAAACCGGACAAGUGCGCGAUCCUGAAGGAGACGGUGCGGCAGAUCCGACAGAUCAAAGAGCAAGGGAAAGCCUCAUCAAGCGAUGACGACGUCCAGAAAGCUGAUGUGUCCUCCACAGGUCAGGGGGUCAUUGAUAAGGACCACCUCGGACCUCUGUUACUCCAGGCGCUGGACGGCUUCCUGUUUGUGGUGAACAGAGAGGGGAGCAUCGUGUUCGUGUCUGAUAACGUCACUCAGUACCUGCAGUACACGCAGGAGGAGCUGAUUAACACCAGCGUCUACAACAUCCUGCACGAUGACGACCGAGACGACUUCCACAAGAACCUGCCCAGGAAUAACGUGAACAGCAUGGCGUGGGGAGGAGAAGCUCCUCGACAGAAGAGCCACACCUUUAACUGCCGCAUGCUGGUGAAGUUCAGCUCCGGUCCAGCCGAGGAGAACCCCGGAACCCCCCGCUAUGAGACAAUGCAGUGUUUCGCCCUCACACAGCCGAAAGCCAUGAUGGAGGAGGGAGAAGACCUGCAGUCCUGUAUGAUCUGUGUGGCACGACGUGUGACUACGUUGGAGAGAACAGAGAGCUUCAACACCAGACACGAUCCCUCGGGCAAACUGAUUCAGAUAGACCAGAAUUCCUUGCGUGCCACCAUGCGUCCAGGUUGGGAGGACCUGCUGAGACGCUGUAUACAGAUGUUUUUACAGCACAGUGAUGGACAACCUUGGUCAAAUAAGCGUCAUUACCAUGAAGCCUUUCUCCAUGGUCAUGCAGAGACCCCUGUGUACAGAUUUUCGUUAUCGGAUGGCACCCCAGUCACAGCGCAGACCAAAAGCAAACUCUAUCGCAACCCAAUGACCAACGAACCCCAAGGCUUCAUAUCUACUCAUCUGUUACAGAGGGAGCCCAAUGCCUCUCGCACCAACCAAACUGGUGGCAUGAUGCAAGGUGGCAUGAGGCAGCAGGGCAUGGGGGGUUCUAACCCCAACAGCCAAAUGAACAUGGGUCCUGGUGGAGGCAUGGGGAUGGGGGGCAUGGGUAGUAUGGGAGGAAUGGGUAUGAAUCGGAGUUAUGGCAUGAAGGACAUGGGGCAUAUGGGUCACAUGGGUGGUGGGGGGUCCAUGUACGGGGGCAACAUGGGUAAUCGAAUGAUGCAAAUGAAUCAAAUGAGUCAGAUGGGUCCAAUGGGCCAAAUGAAUCCCAUGGCUCAGAUGAAUCCUAUGAAUCACCCUGGUCCUGGGAUGCAGCAUCAACAGCCUCUCUUCCAGGCUUCAGGAGGCUACGGGCUUGGAGGCAUGAACAGUCCGUCUCAAGGCAGCCCAGGUCUAAAUGGACCUCAGCAGGGUCUCCUCAUGUCUCCACGUAACAGAGGAAGUCCAAAAAUGGCAUCCAGCCAAUUCUCUCCAGGAGGCAUGCAUUCUCCCAUGGGUCCGGGUAGUGUUGGAGCAUCAGGAGGUGGAACAACCUUUUCCAGCAGCUCUCUCAAUGCUCUUCAGGCCAUCAGUGAAGGAGUAGGCGCCUCUGUGCCAUCCACCCUGACGUCCCCUUCUACAGCACACAAACCCGACAGCUCUCCAAGUGUCCAUUCCUCGUCCUCCUCCUCCCAACCCUGCAAGCCAGGACAUGGAGACUCCAAAAGCCCAGCAGGAGCCUACAGUCAUGGACCUGGAGAUCAGCAACACCCCUUGCACCACCACCACCAUCACCACCACCACAGCCACAACCACAACCACCAAGCAGAGAGCAGUGGUGUAGACCGACCUGACAGUCAGGCUGGUGGAGGCAGCAAAGACUCCGGGGACACAACCAAUGAAGCUGGAAAUGCUUCAUCAGAACCUCCUCGGAAGAUUCCAGAUGGAAAGGGACACAAAAAGUUGCUCCAGCUCCUCACCUCACCCACUGAGGAGCUGGGACUCGGGGUUGGAAGUGGACCUCCAGGACCUGCCACAGGAGCUACAUUGGAGGGCAAGGAACCGGGAUGUGUGACAAGUCCUUCUGGUGUCUCUUCAUCUACCAAUCAGAGCCAGGUUCUUGGAGCAGCAGCAGGAGGACCCUCUGAAGCUCUGGGUUCUUCUCACUACACAGCGUCACUCCAGAAGAAGCACAAGAUCCUCCACAAGCUGCUCCAGAAUGGAAACACUCCUGACGAAGUUGCAAAAAUCACUGCUGAGGCAACGGGCAAGGCAAUGCUCGGCCAGGACACGGGCGCCGCUGGAGGAGAAACAACAGGUGCCAAUGCAGGACCAGGAGGAGUCUCGGGAAUGUCAGAACCCAAGCAGGAGCAACACAGCCCUAAGGAGAAGAAAACCAAUGCCCUGCUCCACUACCUCCUCAACAACAAGGACGACUCCAACUCCAAAGAGUCCAGCGACAUCAAACCAAAACCUGAAGAUCUGGAAGGGAAAGGCGUCACCGGGGGAAACGGUGGCACUCCGCUCAGCAGAGCAGCACAGGAGACCGUGGAGGGCAAGAUCAAGUCAGAACCUCCUGACGAGCUGGACACCAUCCUCGGAGGUCUGAGGGCUUCCGGAACAGAUUUCCCAGAACAGGGGGAUUCAGGACCUGCUCCUGAUGGGGGGAACAAGCCUCAUUCGUUUACUGAUGAUGGAAUGAUGAACAGAGGAAUGGGAAUGCCGGAGCGCUCGCCCAUGGGCCCGGCUGGAGACUGGGGAAUGCCGCGAUCGACUGGCAGCCCCUCCAUCAUGCGUCCCGCUGUCGAUUCCUACAACUCCAAGAGCAUGAUGGGAGGACCCAUGGUGAACAGGUCCAACAGUGUUCCUGGUACCAGGUCCAUGCUGCAGCAACAGCUGAUGGAUAUGGGCUCCAGCGAGAUGAGCAUGGCGAUGGGGCCGUUCAGUCAGCAGCAGUGUCCAGACAGUCAGUCACCUUCCUGGCCAGACAAUAUGAUGGCGAUGGACAACAGGCGUCAGUUUGGGAAUGCUCUGGAUGAGUUGUUGGUUCCUCCCUCCACCUCUGAGGGUCAGAGUGAUGAGAGAGCUCUGUUAGAUCAGCUCGACUCUCUGCUCAACAACACUGAUGUUUUAGCACUGGAGGAGAUUGACCGUGCCCUGGGAAUCCCUGACAUCAUCAGCCAGGGUCAGGGUGGAGAUCUGCAGCCUGAACCUUUCCCCGCCCAAGACCCAUCCAUGGUGAUGGAGCAGAAGCCCAUGUACCCCCAAGGUUACCCCGGACCCCCGUCCAUGCCCAUGCCUUCCAGCUAUGGUGCCGGUCCCAUGCAGGGCGCGCCUCCUCCUGCAUCCUACAGCCCCAUGCUCAACCAGAUGGGGCAGCAGGGUAACUACCCCGGGAUGGGUGGCAUGGGGCCGAUGGGAGGUAUGGGGCAUCCACGCGCUGCCAUGAUGAGACCCAGGAUGAUGAGUGCCACCAAACCUACACGCCUGCAGCUGCAGCAGAGGCUACAAGGACAACAGUUUAUGAGCCAGGCUCGGCAGGGUAUGGGCAUGAAGAUGGAGAAUCCCGGUGGAGGAGGAGGUCCUGGCAUGAGACCUGGCUUGCAACCGGGAAUGGCAGGCCAGGUAGAGGCUCCGGGCUUCCUGAACGCUCAGAUGAUGGCUCAGCGUAACAGAGAGAUGCAGAUGCGGAGACACAGGAUGAUGUUGUUGAUGCAGCAGCAGGCAGCAAGUGGAGGUUUCAGUCCUCCGCCCAACGUCACCGCCCCCACAGGGAUGGAGGGCAUGGGGGGGCCAGGCAUGGGCCAGCCGGGACAGCAGCAGUUCAGCUACGGAGGAAACUAUGGAAUGGGCCAGCAGGGUGAUCCAUCUUUUGCCCCCGCCGGAGGUCCCAGCCCACCCAACGCCAUGAUGGCAGGCCGCAUGGGGCCUCCGCAGAAUCCCAUGAUGCAGCAGCACCCGCAGGGCGGCCCCAUGUACCAGAGUCCCGACAUGAAGGGCUGGCCUCAGGGAGGAAUGACACGCAACAGUUCGUAUCCACAGCAGGCGUUUGCGCAGCAGGGCUCAGCCGCGCCGUACGGCUCCAUGAUGAUGAACGGCGCAAACGCGGGUCACAUGGGUCAGAUGAACAUGGGCAUGAUGGGGCGGAUGCCCAUGGGCCCUGAUCAGAAAUAUUUAUGAAGAGAACAGAGGGACAGACGUCACCAUGGGGACACUGUGAAGCUAAUAAAACAUGAUACACACCUGGAUGGAAGAUCUUGCGUGUAAAACUAAGUGUAACACAGUGUAAAUACACACACACACACACACACACACACACACGUAAUGGAUUUGUCGACAUCCUCUGUAUCUGUCUUUGUCCUGUGAAUCUUUCUCUGUUUCUCCGUGAGCUUUCUUCAUUCUGUAUCUCAUCAAAAAGAUCAAAAUUGAAGAAACGAGCUGUUUAGAGGAACGCAAAGAUGAUGCAUCUCUCUCUCUCUCUCUCUCUCUCUCUCUCACACACACACACACACACACACGUUUUUUGCGAAUGUAUAUCAUGCCGUGUCGACCAUCUGGAUGUAAGAUCCCCUUCUGUCCUGUUAAAGGUACGACGAGAAAAAGGAAGCUGUGAUUGCACUUUAAGGGAAAAUCAGAGCUGUUUCACGGCGUUAGGAGAGUUGCAAUAUUUUUUCGCUCAUUUUAGCCUUAUCGGAGAACCGAUGAACACGAGACGGACUUUCUCGUCGUUCUCCGUCGGAGCGAGAUGAUUCUGAAACACGAAAACAGCAAGCACAGAUCAUCUGCUUUAUGCAGAUUGAAGCAAUAAAUCUCGUCUCGCUGGAUUCUUUGAUUCCUCACCGUAAAGGUACUGCAGUAUUAGAAAUAUCGAGCUCUCAUUCACAUUUCUUCUUCUUCUUUUCCUCGCUCUGUGAUUUAUCAUUUGUAAAUACAGUGCACGUGUACCGUAUCAUAUCUGCUUUUGUAGGUCACACACAGGUUUUGCACAGCAGCUUUCAUCAGGCUUCGUAUUUAAAUCACAGCUCUUCUGCGUUACAGGGCGGGACGUCCUGUUGUUUCAGUUUGCAGUGGGGGGGGGGUUGCUUUUUUAUUUAUUUUGUAUUAUUAUUUUAUUAAUAUUAAUUUCUUAUCUUAACUGAAAAGCCACCACUUCUUUCUAAUUCUUUGAACAAGCACUUUUCUUCUAGAACAUAUUUUAUUCCUCAAACUCGUACAUCGUGAAGCUUCUGAUAAAGCGGAGUGUGUGUCCUGCAAACGUGACUCGUAAGUUGAUAGACACAUUUUGGAGUUCGUUAACUCGUUCCUGUAUUUCAGAGUAAAAUAGACGUGUAAAGGUUUUAGUAAGACAUACAAACUUCAACGUCACCUUCUGUUCUGUUAAAUGUAUUUAUUUCAAGGUGGAAAUUCAAUUCAUGUGGUGAUAAUUAUACGACCUUAAUAUUACAUACAUAAAUAAAACUCUUUAAUGUUCACCCUUUAAAAUUUCAAAAAUCUUGUAGCAUAUUUUAGGGGAUGGUCUGUAUUUGUAAGGUUAUAAUUUAUACCAGUUUAGCAUAACCUUUAAUUAAUUCAUAUUCUUAUAUUUUUAUGUAAACUGUUUAUUUUAUGUAAAUUAUUUGUACUUGUAUAUGCCCAGCUUAUUCUUUUUUUUUCCACAUUAUUUUCAUCUUUUGCUGUAUUAUAAGACUAGAAAUGUCAACAUCUGAGAUUUAAUCUCCUUCUGUUCUGUUAAAUGUGUUUAACAAUGCGAAAAUUCACUAUUACACACACACACACACACACACACACACACACACACACACACACACACACACACCAAAUGUUGUCUAAAACUGCAGUGGAAACACAACGGUUCCAUUAUUUGGUUUGCUAGAUUAUUUUAAAAAUACUCAAAACAAAAUAAAAAUAAUUUUUAGUUGUUUGCAAAAUCUUGUAGCAUACUUCAAGGGAUGGUUUAUAAUGUCAUAAUUUAUACCAGUUUCACAUAACAUUUAACUAAUCAAAUUUUUACAAAUAUAUUCAUAUUUCUCCAGUUUUGCUAAUUGUGUAAAUUAUUUUUACUUUAUAUACAGCCAGAUUAUUAAUUUCCCUUAUUUUCUGUUUUCCUGUACUGCUCAUGCAUUUACAUUUAAAACUUGUCCAAAGAUUUUUUUCCCCCAUUUUAUUAUGUUUCUGAUAUAGCUGUGUGAUUUUAUGUAUUGAUUUAAUUAACAUUAUAUUAAUGUUUUGGGUUUGUUUUUGUUUGUUUGUUUGUUUGUUUGUUUGUUUGUUUGUUUGUUUGUUUUUUGUGGCCAGUGGAAGUUGAGUUUCAGUGCUGUAAAGAUUCAAUGAGGAUAAAAAAAACAAAAACUCUUAAUAUUCAACAUUUUAUAAUCUGGUCAAAUUUGCGGUUUUGUUUGUUUGUAAUGAGCUCUCCAGUUAAUCAAAAAUCAAAUUCCAUUCAGAAAUUGUUCCUUGUUCUUUAAAACAAAAAAAAAAGUUGAAAUACACGUAAAGUUAAAAUAUCUCUGUGCAAUCUCUGUUCAAACGGAAAGUGAAAUAGAUUUUUAAACCGUGACAAUGGGGUAAUACACACCUGUUAUUUGGGUCAGGAUGUAAAUGACUAGUGUGUUUAUCAUGUUUCUUGAUGUUAAUAUUGAUGUAAAUACAAAUUUCUAUUUAAACAUG